AUGGCAUAUGGAACUUGCGACGUCUUGGCUCAACUGUCACUAUGGGGCUCACUGCAACACGGUUCCCUAGCAACUUGGAGACCAUCUCGGGAGGCAAUGGCUGGGCCUCCAAAUAUAUUUUCUGAGCUGCAACAUUCAAAACUGAAGUUACCCCAAGAAUUGUGCUCCAUGAGGUCCCAUCUCCAGGAUUCUGCUGGCCAGUGCCUCUCCUUCCAUCAGAGGGGGUGGGUGCAACAACUUCUCUUUCUUCACCAGCUUGCAUGUAACACGUGUUGGCAUGGAUGCCUUGCGUGGUGGGAUGAUCAAACGCACCCCGCUGUGACGGCAACCUCUCAUAGCUCCUCCUCGAGCAUCAACCAUGAAGCUUACCAGGAAACUGAAAUCAAGC